CCUCACGCCCACUAUCCAGAAGGCACUACAUACGCCGUGUUGAUUUAUUCUCCAUUCAUUCACUGCUCUCCUACCAUUUGCCCCCUUCUUUCUCACUGCCCGCCGCAGUCCUCGACACCCUCCCGGCUCCUCCUCCGCCACUCUGCACAACCUUGCCCUUGCUCACUCCGCAACAACAACCUACCUUCCAAGUCACUAGCAAUCGCCCGCCGUCCUCAGACGCUCCUCACGUAUAAAGUCCGCGCAGCAUACCGCCUCUAUCGCCGUCUCCUUGUCCACCAUUCCACCUUCGGGAAUCAACGCAACAAACCUCCACCGUGCAGUCAUCUCCGUGCUCUUUUAAAACCACCACCACCUAUAUAUGGUGCAGCCGGAACGGCAGAUAUCUUGUAGCUACCGCGCUCUGCAUCUACAUACUCCACAUCAUGGCUCGCUCCCGCCGACCGCAGAGAUCACCUAGCGGUUCCAGGUCCGACACAUCGGCGUCCACAUCCCCAGAACGAGGGGUCGAUGAUGACAAUGACUCCUUCAUGAUGCAAGCAAACGACUCGGUGUCCUCUCUGGCGCCCUCAAUCCCCCCGGAAUUUGACAACGAAGCCGCGAGGCGAGAAAUCGAAGAGCGGUGUCGGAUAUCGCCAAUCAGCCGACUCCCCGCCGAGCUCAUGAUCGCUAUAUUCGCCAAGCUGGCCUCCCCCGGGGAUCUGAAGAAUUGCAUGCUGGUAUCGCGAGAAUGGUCGAGGAAUAGUGUUGGACUACUUUGGCACCGACCUCGGACCGACAAGUGGUCCAGCCUACACAACGUGGUCAAGUCAGUUCGGACUGUGAACAGCUUCUUUGACUAUCCCAGUCUUAUCAAGCGGCUCAAUCUAUCCACUCUGGCAGGCGAUGUCAGUGAUGGCACCCUGCAGCCGCUUCGUGCCUGCAAGAGAGUGGAGCGUAUGACACUUACAAACUGUACGAAGCUUUCAGAUCUAAGUCUGGUCGACAUGAUCCAGGGCAAUCGUAGUCUUUUGGCUUUAGAUGUGACGGGUCUAGAAAACAUCACGGACAAGACCAUGGAGGCCGUAGCAAACAACUGUAUACGACUCCAAGGCUUGAAUAUUACAAAUUGCAAGAAGAUCACGGAUAAGUCCCUCGCAGAAGUUGCUCGACUUUGUCGGCAUGUCAAGAGACUAAAAUUCAACGGAUGCUCUCAACUCACGGACGCAUCUAUCAUAGCCUUCGCACUUAAUUGCCGACAUAUUUUAGAGAUCGAUCUCCACGAUUGCAGACUUCUCGAAGAUGAGUCGAUAACAGCCUUGAUCAGCGAGGGUCCGCAUCUGAGAGAGCUUCGGCUGGCACAUUGUUCCCGCAUCACCGACAACGCUUUCCUCCGCCUACCCCAAGAAGCUACAUUCGACAGUCUGCGCAUCCUGGAUCUCACUGACUGUGGCGAGCUUCAAGAUGCUGGAAUACAGAAGAUCGUCCAGGCCGCCCCACGCCUCCGCAAUCUGGUCCUUGCCAAGUGCCGACAAUUAACCGACCGAGCGGUCUUAGCAAUCACUCGACUUGGCAAAAAUCUGCACUACAUCCACCUAGGACACUGCUCGCGCAUAACGGAUGCUGGUGUGAUACAGCUCGUGAAGCUUUGCAAUCGGAUCAGAUACAUCGACUUGGCCUGCUGCUCCAAUCUCACCGAUAAUUCAGUCCACCAGCUUGCCACACUCCCCAAGUUGAAGCGCAUCGGACUAGUGAAAUGCGGAAACAUCACGGAUCGGAGCAUCCUGGCUCUUGCGAAACCGAAGCAGGCCGGACACAAUGGGCCAGUAACCCCGAGCUCCCUUGAGAGGGUUCACUUAAGCUAUUGCACAAAUUUAACUCUCGCGGGUAUUCACGCGUUACUAAACAACUGCCCGCGCCUGACCCACCUCAGUUUGACCGGUGUCCAAGCCUUUCUUCGUGAAGACUUGAUUGUGUUUUGCCGAGAGGCUCCGUCAGGCUCUCUAACACUCGCAGCAGAAUUCAACGACCACCAGCGAGACGUCUUCUGCGUCUUCAGCAACCACGGCGUCACCCGCCUUCGAAAUUACCUCAACCAAGACUCGCGCAUCUCCGCCUACGAGGCUGACGGCACGAUGUAUGACGAAACCGACGAGCCUGACGUCAUCAUGAACGUCACGGCCCAAGCGAACAUCAUGGCCAUUGACGAAAUGGACGAGGACUUUGGUGAGAAUAGCGAGGUGAUGGGCCAGGACUGA